UAUCGCUAUUCACAAACAAAUGUAGCCUAUUUAGUAUAUCUUGGUAUACUCGAUGUCCGUGCAUGAAUGAGUGUGACAAUUUUCUGCUCCUUUAUCUAAGUGUUUACCGUCCAGGGCCAGCGCUCCAGCAGUAAGUCAAGCAGUAAUAAACAAAGGUGUCACACUGGGAGCUUCCACCACCAACACGUGUGACCCGCACCCGAGCCCUGUAAACAUGGUCGUGCCAGCUUGCCCCACCUUCACCUCCCGGGCCAGCGCUCCAGCAGUAAGUCAAGCAGUAAUAAACAAAGGUGUCACACUGGGAGCUUCCACCACCAACACGUGUGACCCGCACCCGAGCCCUGUAAACAUGGUCGUGCCAGCUUGCCCCACCUUCACCUCCCGGGCCAGCGCUCCAGCAGUAAGUCAAGCAGUAAUAAACAAAGGUGUCACACUGGGAGCUUCCACCACCAACACGUGUGACCCGCACCCGAGCCCUGUAAACAUGGUCGUGCCAGCUUGCCCCACCUUCACCUCCCGGGCCAGCGCUCCAGCAGUAAGUCAAGCAGUAAUAAACAAAGGUGUCACACUGGGAGCUUCCACCACCAACACGUGUGACCCGCACCCGAGCCCUGUAAACAUGGUCGUGCCAGCUUGCCCCACCUUCACCUCCCGGGCCAGCGCUCCAGCAGUAAGUCAAGCAGUAAUAAACAAAGGUGUCACACUGGGAGCUUCCACCACCAACACGUGUGACCCGCACCCGAGCCCUGUAAACAUGGUCGUGCCAGCUUGCCCCACCUUCACCUCCCGGUAAGUCCCUCUCCCAUCACAACACCAACACACCCACCAACGCCUUUCUACCACCACCAUCACCAUCCAUACCUACACUUUCCCAUUAACAGCACCCACAGUCACUAUUUCCCUUCUCCUCACCAUCCAUAUCAGCCUCUA